AUGAAUGAAUCAAUUCCUUUCGGAUCUGUCAACAUGACAGAUGAUGCGUCAAACAUGAUCAGCUAUCCGCCAAGUGAAAUCUACCAACUCAUCCUAAGCCUUCUAGCGGCAGCUUACAACAUCGCAGCGUUGAUUGGAAACUUGCUGAUCAUUAGAGUCGUGCCGAAGAUACCGCAUGAUUCCAUGCACGAUUCAAGCAAGGCAUGCCUGAUUAGCCAAGCAAUUGCAGACAGCAUACUUGCAACGACGAUCGCCAUCGGAACUCUCUCUGAAACCAUAGGUUCGUACGCCGGAUGGACCUACGGAAGAUUGACAUUCUGUAGAGUUGUUGGUUUCGUGCCAACUGCACUAGUAGGUGUCAGUAUCUGGCUGAUUGCGCUCCUAAACAUUGACCGAUAUGCCUUCAUAGUCCGGCCAAUGCUCUACUCCAGGCUCGCCACUCGCAAUCUCACCAUCAGCCUAUCGUUAUUCCUCUCUGUAUCGCACACCUCCCUCCUACUUCUUUUCGUGUUCAUAAAUGACGAUUCCGUUCAGAUCAUAAAGAUCAUUCCAGGACUGACGUGCGUCAUUGACUUUCAAGAUCCCAUAUUUUUGCCGUUCUCCUACGUCAUAUUUGGAAUGCCUUGGAUGGUAUUCGUAGCUCUUCUGGGCAUGUACUUUCAUAUCGUAAAGAUUUCUUUAAGUCAGCUGAAACGGAUUAGGCCACUGCAAAGACCGGACCUGAGCUUGGAGACAAGUCGAAACCGUAAAAGCACACAACCCGCUGAGGAAAUGGUCGCAGCCGCACGAGAUGUAAAGAAGGCUAGCAACAUCCCAGGAGAAAUGAUUGUUGGGGACAUUGAGAUACCUGAAGGAGCUAUGGUCUCCAAAGGAGCGAUAAUCGAGGGGACCUCGAAUAUAAGAGGAAAGGAGUUCAAACGCGAGGUCAAUAGCGAUGACUCUCCCAAAACUCACAUUGCAAUCAUCUUCAAUGGACAAUGUUGUAAGAAUGAGGAUAAAACCGCGAUACUCGAUAUACCUUCUGAUCAAAUCCGUACCCCACCCACUGCAGAGCGCCCUCACCUAAAUGAUAACAAAUCUCUCCUACUCCAGGCCCAUCUCGGUGUGAUGGUCAGCAACAAUCAGUAUUGCCGCCACCUGAUGACCUUCCGAACGGACGGAGGCAUCCUCCAAAGAAACCUGCCGGGCUGUCUACCUUGCGAGAAAACCUACGAAUUCUGCGAACCCCUCUCAUCAUCACAUUCUGUUUCUUCAUCUCUUUUCUCCCUGUAA